CCAACCGAACCACUAAAGUACCACCCUUAGACUUUGCCAUCAUAACACAAUCGCCAAUCGAAGCCACUGUUAGAAUCAUCCUUCAGUUUCAGAUCUUCCAUAAAGGAUAUUUCAUAUAGCUCGUCACACAUGGCUGCAUUCAAGGCAUUUUUGAACAGCCCUGUUGGCCCUAAAACAACUCAUUUUUGGGGUCCUGUAGCCAACUGGGGAUUUGUCAUUGCAGGACUGGUCGACACACAGAAACCACCAGAGAUGAUAUCAGGCAACAUGACCUCAGCGAUGUGUGUGUAUUCUGCAUUGUUCAUGAGAUUUGCAUGGAUGGUACAGCCUCGGAAUUAUCUUCUUCUGGCAUGCCAUGCCUCGAAUGAAUCGGUGCAACUCUAUCAACUAUCACGUUGGGCAAAAAGUCAAGGAUAUUUGCAGCAGAAUGCAGCCAAAGCAGAGUGAUUUUGUGUUCUCUCUUGUUUUUUGGGACAAUUUUCGCAUGUCAUUUCCGAGUGCUUUCAUCAAUUGUUGCAGAAAAAGUUGUCUUUGAUAAUCCAAGUAAAUCUUAGUACUAUUAGUACUGGGACUUUUGGUAUUCAUUAUCAUGUCUGUAAGAACUGCCACAAUAAUACAGCAUGUUUUUAAUGCACGACAUGUUAUUAAACUUGCAGUUUGAACUGCUGUUGUUGGCUCAA